AUGGCAAUUUCAAGUUUUUUCGCUUAUAACCAACGUAUAACUCGGAAACGAUCAAUUUUAAGCUACCAGGAAUGGUCGAACUUUUUUCCGGCUCGUCUUUCGAUAUCUUAUUCUACAGUGACUGUACUCUUCCAUCUCAAAUAUCUUUCCAAGGAAUCCUCUUCAUUGAAAUCUCGGCUAUCUGUAUACCAUUACUCAUUUUUGUUUCUAAGAAAAGCCAGGCAGAUUUUGUGCCCGCAUUUAUUACAGUUAUCGCCCACGUAA